GUUAGCCUCUCUAUGCGGUUUAGGUGAGACUUGGAUGCGUGCUCUGGGUUCUUACAUGACUACUGUUUACAAAUAAAAGAACACGAGCCUACAACGUUGAGUGAAUGUGAAGGCAACAUGAAGACGAUAGAUCACAAAGGAAGUCGCUUAAACCACAGGAAGGACUCGCUCCAGGUUCAGGAAUGCGUCGACAUCACACCCUCGGAGGAUCGUGUCCUCACUGGUUUCACGGGCUACCCCUUUGCUGUUGUCCUGAGACUCAGAGUUCUCCAGAUAGUUUGCGGUAUAUCAGCUUUAGUGAUGGGAGCAGUAGCUUUUAUAGAGGAGCGAGGUCGUCUCCAUCUUGGCCUCGGGAUGCCGGCUGGUGUCCUCACAGUAGCAGCCGCAGCGGUGAGCAUCCACACGAGCCGCGGUUUCAGCGGCUACACUAGCCCGACCUGUGCGCCUCCACUCUCGCUCUUCCGCUUCUUGGGUCCUACGGUCCGCGUGGCCGUUCCUCUCACCAUCCUCUGGCUGUGUUCCGUCGUGCUGCACCUCAUCCUCUUCGUGUUCUGUCUCGGGUCACUCUUCGUCUCUCCACAGAAUACCGUCAUGGCCGGUGUACUCCUGCUGAUAGCCGUGCUAAACCUAGCCGCUAUCGCUCUGGUGCUGAGGAUCGACUGCCGAUACGAUCCGGACUGACCAGGGAUCGCCUCGGAACCGUCGCAUGUGCCGGCGGUCAGUGUUAUCGGCUGUCAAACGGCACUAUCAGUGGAUCGGCCUAGUCGGGUGGCCUGGGUCGUCUGAAAACGUUCAUUAUGGGAGCUGGGCAGUGAGAAGCAUGGAUAAUUCACAAAGAACUGAGAAACAGUAUUCGCAGACAAUUCUUUAUAGUCGUUGGUAAAUUUAAUGUUUGUGUUCCUUAGUUCAAUUCAUAAGUGAUUUAUUUUUUAAACAUCAGUAAUGUGUUAUAUGAGAGUAAAAACGUGAAUUUGUUGGAAAUGUAAAUAUUAGGUAACAGUUAAAAACGUAUUAAAAGGACUUAAUUUCCAGGAUUAUUCCAAGUAUUUUAUCCCGUGACCAAUAGAAAAUAAUUGAACAUGGCAAUUAAUGGAAUCCCAUAAAUUGUAAUGAAUUCUUUGAAACUUUGUUCGUUCACUUUAGAAAUUAGUAUAAUUUUCGGUCCUAUCGUAAAAACAAACUAUGCUGUGGUCUGGAGUUCUUUGUACCAUUAAGCAGCCCUUUAUUACCCAGGUAAACUGUUUGAUCUCAGCGUUUAUUUCUUGGUCUAUAUUUGGAUUACUCUUUUCUAAACAUGUGCCUAUCAACACUAGCUUCACUCUAAUGGGAGUAUACACUAAUCUGGCAACUGCAUACGUACCACAGUUUUUUCUGUUAGUGGAACAAUACAAUUAAUGUAUUGGUCAAUUUACACGAACUAGUCCAACAUGUAACGCUGUUAGUUCGUUAUUUCCACAGAUAAUGGUCAUCUGAAAGAGACUUCUGGGCACCUGAGUUUCCUUUCUCGACAGCACCUACACAUUUCAUGUUCCCCAAAGACUACAUAAGAUAAAGCCCUUCUAUGCGUUUGACCUUUUGUAUUAAAUCUCUAAAUAUGACCAUAAAAAUCUGAUUAUUUUUUGGUUUGGAAGGUGAUUUGGUUAGUAAGAUUUUAGUGUUCUACCACCUAUUGUAUUAAGUCUAUUACGUUUACAGACAUGAUGUAUAGUACUUUCUAUGAGAGUAGCAAAACGUUCAGAUAUGAUGAAUAUUAAUGAGUCUUUUGAGUUCAAAACAUAUUGAACCCUCUUAUUAUCUAAACAUAAUCUGUGAACAGAUGAUACUUUCAAAUAUUCUAUAUGAAUGUGCAUUUUGUGUUUAUUUCCACUCUAUAAACCAGGCCAAAAACAUUUACUUUGAUAAGAUACAGCAUUGAAAUUGUAAGUGAGAAGACCAGUAAGCACCAAGUUUAACUUUUGGUGCAAUUAACAAAAUUCAACCAUCAUGUUAACUUUAUUUUAUUGACUAAAAUUAAUUAUUUUACCAAAAUUUAAAACACGUAACAAUGAGAGUUUUAAAUUUAAAAUAGUAUUAAGAUAAUAAAUGAAACAAUAUUGUUUAAUACUGCAUAAGUAAUUCUUGGAAAAUACGUUCUUAGCUAAUAUUUUUAUAUCAGUUAUCCAAUAUUUUUAUAUGUCCAAAUACUAAUUUGACUUUUUAAUCCUCUCCUGCAAUUUAUUUUGUCUUUGGACUUCCAGAUAGUUUUAAGUAUGCCUUUUACACAUAAUAUAUUUAUUAUUUAUUGCUUAUGAUAUUAAUAUAUACUGUAUAUAUAUAUAUAUAUAUAAAAGUUACCUUUGGAAGGUGUUAUUUAUUGUAUCCACGUUUCUUUUCUCCAAAUUGUAAUUAAUGACUCAAUUAUUUUCUUAAUGUCUAAGGCCACAAUUAUGUUUAAAACAUUAAUUUUUACAUACACGCGAUUAGGCGUGGAAAGCUACUCUUCCAAAGUGUAUAGCAUGUUUUUUAUAUUAGCCAUAUUAUGUUCUAAAUCAUUGAUAGCUUCCGUAAUUGAUAUUAUUCUCAAAUAUGCUACAUGACAAAUGAAACGUCAUGACACUAGUCGAUGUUUGAGUAAAGUAUCCGAUUUAGGUAUUAUAGAUUGUGAUUAUGAAAUCUAUAUAUUUUACUUCUUUUUAUUAAGUAUCAACACUCUGUAUACUUUUAAACUCUUGAGCCAAAAUGUGGUCAUAACUAGUUUGGAUAUUAGUGAAAUGCUUGCUUUAAAUUGAUUUGCUGGAUUUGUAUCUUCUGAACUGUUAGUUAUAUGUUUUAGUUAUUGGUAGUUUAAUUUAAAAACCCUACAAUUUAAUUACCUUGAAUCAUGUAUGUUAGUAAACUCAAUUGUUCUUAAGAGUAGACCAGAUAUUUUGAUAUAUGUGCUCUAUGUUAACCUUAUUUGUUACAUUACCCCUCCAACUGGAAGUACAGACGUUUCAAUUCAACAAAUCCUGAUUAGUUUAAUCAAAUAGUUUCAUAGCUUCAAAUUAAUAUAUCAAAGUAGAAACUAAAAUAUGCAUUAUAUAAUAAGUGUAAAAGUCGUUGUCAUCACGUCGGUUUUAUUCCGCGAAAAAGAAUUAAGAAUAUUUAUUUACGUUUUACUAUGAAAAAAUGUGGUUCAGUCUUAGGAAAAAAGGUGCUUUCUUAGAAAAAAAGGAAAAUAUCACAUUACUAGAGAAACGAUGUUUGAUGUAGAUUCCAACUAACGUGCAAAUGAUUAUUAUAAUAAUAUUAUAAACUAUAUUAAACUCAGUUAAUAUUAAUGUCCAUUUAUAACUUUCAAUCUCCAAUUUUGCAUUCGCAUUUUAUGUUAAAACGAUCAUUCUUUAUUAGGGGAAACAAUUGAUAAUGCAAAACAUAUUUCAAACUAUUCAGACAAAAAAAGACCUCUCUAUUUAAAUAGUUUUAAAUAGUGAUUAACCAAGUUAGAAAUUGCAAAGAAGUAAAAUAUAAAUUAAGUAACAUUGACCUACACAUGAUUCCUAUUGCAUUGCUCAUUUUUUAGUUUCAGUUGAUACUCUUCAUUUCUUUGUUGAAAAUGAUGUAAACAAAUGGUACCAUCUCUAUUAUAUUAAAAAUCUCAGCCAUUUUAUUUCAAUUUAUUGAAAGAAUAAAUAGCAAACCCCAAUUAUCAUAAAUAAUUUUGAUACAAUGAUGUAAGAAACCUUUCGUAUUAGAAUACAUGUUGUGAAAAAAUUAAUAUGCAACACGAUAAAGACAUAAUACCAUACAUGUGUAAUUUUAUUUGCGCAUAUAUGUUUAUAAAUUGGUCAGUUUUAAUGUUUUGAAGAAUAUUUCAGUUUAAAUCUUUAAAUAAAUCUACGUCUAGAUUAAGGUAAAGAAACUAACUUAUCUGUCUUCAGACCACAGUUUUGCCAAAGGUUUGGGAAGAACUACCCGUAUGCGUAACAAAAUACUUGAUGAAGGUAAAUGAAUACGUUUAUGUACCGCUUUUAUUACUAUGAUAUUUUGUAUUCAGCAUUAUACUUCAGUUACCAUCAAAGUAGUUUAUCAGCUGUGCUGUUACUAUUACCAUUAUUUACUAGUUUGACAACAAAAAACCAUACAGAUUCUAUGACAGUAUCAACGGUUUCCUGAAAAAGUAGACCUAAGGUGUAAAUGCUACGGGUGUAUUGCUAAACAGAAACUCACAGAGGUAAGGUAAAAUUACUGUUAGUACAUAUCAAAGAGGAUCUUGCCGCCGACGGUGUAUAUACAUAUUAAUUCACUGUCUCCCGUCUAUGUUAUUAGCACGAUUGAAUUCACCCCAUCACAGUAUAUAUAACUACACGAAAUAUUUGUACUGAGAAAAUAUUUCAUGUACAUAGUUGUGGAAUUAAUGGAAAUCUUCUUUAUAUUACUGAAACUUGGUACCUAGUAUUAUUUUGUAAAAACCACGUUUAUAAUUACAGCAACGUUUAAAAAUGUAAUCUAUUCAGCCAGCUUACUUUAUUUGAUCUAUAUUAUGUUAGACGUAGCAUCAUAUAAUAUUGUUUAAUAUGGGUUACUAGCUCAAAUAGCGCUUUAUGGCAUCAAUGUAUUUAUUAACGAUACAUUAUGCAUCAAAGAUUGUGAAAGUCAAUUGGACCCAAAUAUAUUGCGGAACGUGUGGACUUUUAUAAAUGUAUGAAAUAAAAUGUAAUUUCAAUAAAUUAUGGUUGUAUGGGCUCUGUUGUAUUCUUUAUACAUGCAGUUAAGAAUAUUACACUAACUUCAGACAAUUGUUUUUGCCUCUUAGUGUAAUAAUAUUAAACUUAUUUUAAUCAGCUUACUAAGAACAUUAAUACUAAAGAAACGAAUGUAAAUAAUUAUAUUUUUAAUACAUAAGUAUGAAAUAAACAGUAUUUUCUUGUAUGUAUGUCAUCUAUGUAAAUUGAAAUACAAUU